AUGAUGCUUAUUCUUCAGUAUAUAGAGACUUAUUUAGAAAUGAUGAACCAUUUAUGAAUUAUGAAUCACCUACAAAUAAUAAAUCAUCUACGAAUAAUGAAUUGCCUACAAAUGAUAAAUUGCCUAUGAAUAAUGAAUC